AUGACUGUACAGGCUCGGAAUGACGAUGAUUUAGACUGGAAAGACAUAAUGUCUAGAUUGGCUGGAUCUGCAGUUACGGGUGUGCCUACACCGCAAACCAAUUCGAAGUACGAGGAUGGAGAGAUCGAUGCGGCGCCAGUGUUUUUCGAUCACUCACCCGUGACCGGUGCACUUCUUCUGUUGAAAUCAGUUGGUUAUCGUGUACAGAAAGCUGUGGAGGACUUAUUCGUCCACGGGACUCUUCUGGUUCUUUGCUCGGCCCAAAGAGUUACUUGGGAUUUCCUGUUGGUGCUGUUUAAGCUUACAUGA